AUGGCUUGCCGGCCCCUCAAUAUAGCCAUGGCUUGCGACUAUAGCUGGCCUAAGCUUGGCGGGGUCGAAGAGCAUAUCUAUAUGCUCUCACAGGAGCUCCUCAGAAGAGGCCACAAGGUGGUCAUCAUCACCCACGCAUAUGCUAGCACAGAGCCCAACAGUUCCAGAACGGGCAUACGCUACCUGCCCAACGGUCUCAAAGUGUAUCACCUCCCACUGGAGCCAAUACCGCCUCAAUCGAACCACGCGACGUUGCCACAGAUGUUUGCCAGCUUGCCGCUCGUUCGCCAAGUCCUCAUACGCGAAGAGGUAGAGAUCCUGCAUGCCCAUCAGGCAAUGUCAUCACAAGGUCUCGAGUCGAUCUUACACGCUCGAGCGAUGGGCAUACGCGCCUUGUUCACCGAUCACUCCUUACAAGGCUUUGGAGGCUGGGGUGAGAUGUGGGGUAACAAGAUGCUCAAAUCUGUCCUCAGCGAUGUCGAAGCUGUCAUUGCCGUCAGCCACACAUGCCGCGAAAAUACGGUGCUUCGUGCUGCGCUCAACCCGGAUCUCGUACAUGUCAUCCCCAACGCAGUCGUCGCUUCCAAAUUUUCACCCGAUCCAUUGCGCGCAAAGCGGAUGACCAAAGACACAGUCACUGUCGUUUGCAUCAGUCGAUUGGCUUAUCGCAAAGGAAUCGAUCUGCUCAUCGGAGCCGUACCUCGCAUAUGCGAGAUCUAUCCAGACGUCAAGUUCAUCAUAGGUGGGGAUGGGCCAAAGGUCAUCGAGCUAGAGCAGAUGCGCGAAAGACACCAGCAGUUACUCAGAGGACGCGUGGAACUGCUCGGACCCGUGCGUCACGAGCAAGUACGCGAUGUGCUCAUACGAGGCGAGAUCUUCCUCAACACCUCCUUGACCGAAGCUUUCGGUAUGGGCAUCCUUGAAGCUGCUUGUUCGGGUCUCUACGUCGUCUCUACUCGCGUUGGAGGUAUACCAGAGGUCUUGCCGGAUCACCUGAUCAGCUUCGCUCAACCCGAUGUCGAAGAUGUCGUACAAGUCAUCGGCGCAGCUAUUGACCAUAUUCGCUCGGGCCGGCAUGACCCCGUCAAAGCACACGAAGCCAUACGUACCAAGUACAGCUGGGCCGAUGUGGCAGAGCGUACCGAACGUGUCUACGAAGCCAUGCUCACCGUCGAGCUUCCACCACUCGUCGAAAGGCUCAGGCGAAUUUACGGUACCGGCGUGGUUCAUGGCAAGGUCAUGUGUAUCGUUGCACUCGUCAAUUGCGUCUUCCUUGCGCUGCUAGAAGUUUUCGAUCCAUCUGAUCGCAUUGAUAAGUGCCCUGCCUUCAGUCUUGCACGAUACAACAAGUGGAGCGAUGCAGUUAUGUCAAGAAUACCUUGA